GUGAAGCAGUGAAUGUUGAAGCUGAAGAGUGGAUAACACGGAAUCGUCAUGAAUGUUUUGACACUCCUGCUUACGGCAGCAUGUGCCAUAAUUUUAAUAAGAAUAGGUCAAUGGUUUCACAAAUUUUACCACUUUGCCAAAAUUAUCGAUAAGAUUCCUGGACCAAAAGCUUAUCCCAUCAUUGGAACUGCGAUCGCCUUAAGUAAAAUCAAACGGGAAGAUUGGUACAAAUGGUUCCAGGCUCAGGGCAAGAAGUACGAGGAUGGAAUAUUUCGUUUAUGGGUUGGCACGAGAGCCGAGGUUCACCUCGGUACAGCUGAGAAUGUUAGCGCGAUUUUCCCGAGUAAGAAUCUUAUUACCAAAUCCGAGAUUUACGAUUUCCUCCACCCGUGGCUGGGUUCAGGCCUGAUAACUUCAUCAGGUGAUAAAUGGCAUCGGCAAAGAAGACUUCUCACUCCCACUUUCCAUUUCAACAUACUGGAAGAAUAUUCAGUGGUAAUGUUUGAGAAGGCAGAAAUAUUGAAGCAAUGCAUCGAGUCAGAACUGAAAAAUCGCCCAAAUGAACCGAUCGACAUGUUCACUCUCAUCACAAGAUGUGCACUGGACAUCAUCUGCGAAUCGGCAAUGGGGAUCAACAUCAAUGCUCAAACAGACGACAAUGCAGAGUAUACCACGACCUUACAUGAUAUCACCUGUGAAACGGUCGAACGAGUUUUCCGUCCUUGGAUACACAAUAACUGGAUUUAUUACAAACUCCGUCGUGGAAGGGAAUUCAAAAGCAAUCUUGACACUGCCCAUAGAUUUACAGAGAGGGUGAUUACCACAAAAAAACUGACCCGAAAAUCCCAUCAAGAAAAUAAUGCCACAGAGUUCGAAAAACCAAAACGGCGGGCAUUUUUAGAUCACUUAUUAAAUGCUUGUGCCCAUGAGAAGACACCCAUUACUGACAACGAGUUGAGAGACGAAGUGGACACCUUUCUAUUUGCGGGGCAUGAUACAACAGCCGCAGCUAUAAGUUGGGCUCUUUUCUGUAUUGGCAAUAAUCCGGACGUCGAAGAGAAAAUUCAUGAGGAACACUUGCGCGUCUUUGGGGAUUCGCUAGAGGCGGCAACGCUCCAGCAAAUUAAUGAACUUAAAUACCUUGAAAGAGUGAUGAAGGAAACUAUGAGGCUAUUUCCUCCUGUACCGUCGGUGGGACGAAUUAUUACGGAAGACAUGGACAUAGCCGGAUACAAAAUCCCCAUAGGUACCAACAUCACUAUUGACAUGUAUCAGAUUCAUCGGGAUCCGAAACAUUGGCCAAAUCCCGAAAAAUUCGACCCGGAUAGAUUUUUGCCGGAGAAUUCUCAUGGACGACAUCCGUACGCGUACGUGCCUUUCAGUGCUGGGCCAAGGAAUUGUAUUGGACAAAGGUUUUCUAUGCUGGAACAAAAAAUCGUAUUGACCGCAGUGUUGAAACAAUGGAGAAUUAAGAGCGCUAUAAAAUAUGAUGAGGCUGAAUGUUACAAUGAAUUCAUUCUGAGGCCGCAAAAUGGAAUCAAAAUUCACUUCACACCUAAAUGAAACAGAAGACUACGAAA